CAAGCGCGGCAGGUGCUCACCGCGAGAGUCCUGCGAGUUCUGUCCUCCAUUGCUAACAAGCAAAGUUUUCCGCGGCGCAUUUUAAUUUUCCGCUAUUAGUGUGCAGCUAUGUCUGUGUCCGACGAGGACUCAUCAUCCGUGGGCAGCCCCUUCAAGCCGGCCACCCCCACGCCCAGCGGCGGCCAGGAGCGCACCAAAGGCGGACGCCCCGGACCCGAGAACCUGCGACACCAGCACAGCUUCGAGGCGCGCUACAGCAGCAUCAUCCAGAGGCAGAUCUGGGAGACGAGCAUCAACAAGGAUGUGCUGGAGCGGCAGCUGAACGCCUAUCUGCCCUUCUCCCGCAGCGCGUCCCUCACCAAGGACGGCUCCGGCGGCUUCGAUCAACUGCGGCCCGGUGACUCAACGAAGGCCGCCCGUUCGCUGAGCACCACGCCCACUCGACGAGCAGGUGCCUGCCUGGAGAAACUGGAGGCUGUGGACGUCACCAACCAGCAGGCGAUGCCAUGAUGCGAAAGUUCUGUUUGGCAACGAGCAGCCUGCUUCAACAAAUAUACGACUAAAG